GAAGAACCUCGAAUUUUUCUAUUAAAAAAAAAAAUCUAAUUGAGAGGAGGGCUUGUUGCUGUUUUUCGUGCUCCUGUGGCGAUGGCCCCGUUUGGAUAUUUCUUUUUUCUCUGCGGGCUGAAGCAGGCGAUGGGCAGCUACCCGAUCUGGUGGUCCUUGGCUGUGGGGCAUCAGUACUCCUCACUGGGCACUCAGCCCAUCCUGUGUGGGAGCAUUCCCGGCCUGGUGCCCAAACAGCUGCGCUUCUGUCGGAAUUACGUAGAUAUCAUGCCCAGUGUGGCUGAAGGUGUGAAGAUUGGCAUCCAGGAGUGCCAGCAUCAGUUCCGAGGUCGGCGAUGGAACUGUACCACUGUCAACAACAGCCUUGCCAUCUUCGGCCCGGUACUGUACAAAGCCACCAGGGAGUCAGCCUUUGUCCACGCCAUUGCCUCAGCUGGUGUGGCCUUCGCCGUGACCCGCUCCUGCGCUGAGGGCUCCGCUGCCCUCUGUGGCUGCGACACCCGCCACAAGGGCUCCCCAGGUGAAGGCUGGAAGUGGGGGGGCUGCAGCGAGGACGUGGAAUUCGGCGGCAUGGUGUCCCGAGAGUUCGCCGAUGCCCGAGAGAACCGGCCUGACGCCCGCUCAGCCAUGAACCGUCACAACAACGAGGCAGGGCGACUGGCCAUCAUUGACCACAUGCACUUGAAGUGUAAAUGCCACGGUCUGUCGGGCAGUUGCGAGGUGAAGACCUGCUGGUGGUCCCAGCCCGACUUCCGGGCGGUGGGCGACUAUCUGAAGGACAAAUACGACAGCGCCUCAGAGAUGGUGGUGGAGAAGCACCGGGAGUCCCGGGGCUGGGUGGAGACCCUACGGCCCCGCUACAAUUACUUCAAGGCCCCCACAGAUCGGGACCUGGUCUACUACGAGAGCUCGCCCAACUUCUGCGAACCCAACCCCGAGACGGGCUCCUUCGGCACCAGGGACCGCGCCUGUAACGUCACCUCGCACGGCAUCGACGGUUGUGACCUCCUCUGCUGUGGCCGCGGCCACAACACCAGGACGGAGAAGCGCCGGGAGAAGUGUCACUGUGUCUUUCACUGGUGUUGCUAUGUCAGCUGUCAGGAGUGUACCCGGGUCUACGACGUCCACACGUGCAAAUAGAGCUGGCCUGGCCCGGGGAGCAGGGUAGGGGGAGCUGCAUCACUGCGCACUGGCGGGGAAGGUGAACUGGGGGAUGCUUCUUAUCCUCCCUCCCGCCCCUCCCCACCCCAGGGCCCCAAAGAGAAAGAGGUCAUAGAAUUUAGAGCUGGCCGGGACCUCUGACGUCAUUUAGUCCAACAACCUCAUUUUACAAAAGAGGAAACUGAGGCCCAGAGAGGGGAGGUUCACACUGGUAGUAAGGGGCAGAGCUGGGAUGGAAACCCAGGUUUUCAGACUCUGUCAAGCAGCUGUUUUGUGGGGCCACACUCUCUGUAUUAUCAAAUCAGGCAUGAGGGCACUCUGGAAAGUAUUUUUGUUGUUGUUGUUGGGGUUGGGGGUGGGGUGUCAUCUGGACUGUGUCCUGGUAUGGAA